UUUCUUCCCUCUUUCAUUUUGCUGAUCCCUUUUAUCUAAAAUGAACUCCAAGUUGACUUCCUCAAUGAGGAUUGAGAUAUCUUGUUGACUUUAUGGUUUGGAAGUUCUGGAAACAACAAAUCGAAUUAAGUUUUCCAGCUAGCGUUCAGGUCAAAUGAAGCUCGAAGUAGAAGUUGCUCUUGCUUGUAUCAUUUGCUUGAUUUCGAUUCAGCAAAGCCUUUGUGAUGUAUUUUCUAAUACAUCGGGCGGUAACAACUGGAAAUGCACGUGCUCUUCCUUAUAUCCAGGAGACCCCAACUCUAUCCUUAAAUCUAACUGUUCUAGAUCCUGUGAUUGCAGUCCAGUUGAAUCAAGUGGAGAUAGGUGGACAUGUUUAUGUGCCACUGAUGGAUUCCCAAAUGUAGCAGUCGACAAUCAUGACACUACGUGUUUCUCAGCCUGCAACUGCACUGCUGGGUCACUUCCUCGGGUGCCAUCUUCAAGAAAGCAUUUCACUAACAAUGUUAUCGUAAUUGUCCUAUUACUUUCUGUAAUCUUCACAACUCUUGCACUCCUAGCUUCAGUAACAUGCUAUUUCUAUAGAAAGGACAAGUGCCCCAAAUGCCCCAUCCAACCGUCAAUGUUCUUGUCGGAUAUAGAAUUUAGUUGCAGUAGUGCUACCAACUUAAUUAGUCAUAAGAGUUCUUUGGUGUCAGAAACUAAGAUUAACGCCGGCUACCCCACUAGGCCUAUUCCAGGUUGCUUUCAAAAGGCUUCAUUCCUUCACCGGAGCAAAAUGGGGACUGUACUUGGAACAGUUUUUCAGUUUGCCUACUCCGAACUGGAAAAUGCAACCAACAAGUUCUCUGAUUCUAACCUCAUAGGACUCGGAGGAAGUAGUUAUGUGUAUCAGGGCCAGCUCAAGGAUGGAAGAAUUGUUGCAGUAAAACGACUUAAAGUUCAAGGAGGACCCGAUGCAGAUUCCAUCUUUUCGAAAGAGGUUGAGUUGUUGUCGAGGCUACAUCAUUGUCAUGUAGUGCCUUUGCUUGGCUAUUGUUCGAAAUCCAGUGGGAAACGUGAUAAGAGACUGCUAGUAUUUGAGUACAUGCCUAAUGGUAAUUUGAGGGAUUGUUUGAAUGGGGUUUGGGGGCAGAAUAUUUCCUGGGAAGCUCGUGUUUCGAUUGCCAUGGGAGCUGCAAAGGGCUUGGAAUAUCUUCAUGAAGCGGCUGCUCCUAGAAUUUUGCAUAGAGAUGUAAAAUCCACAAAUAUUCUUCUUGAUAAGAACUGGAGUGCAAAAAUAACCGAUCUUGGCAUGGCCAAACGUUUAAGAGCUGAUGGAGCUCCCAGCACUUCCAGUUCUCCAGCAAGAAUGCAAGGAACCUUUGGUUAUUUUGCACCAGAGUAUGCAAUUGUUGGAAGAGCCUCACUUAUGUCAGAUGUUUUCAGUUUCGGUGUAGUUCUUUUGGAACUGAUCACUGGUCGACAACCGAUCCAUAAAUCAAACAACAAAGAAGAAAGUCUUGUUAUAUUGGCUACCCCUCUGUUACAGGAUUGUAAGUCAGUGACCUCAGAGUUACCCGACCCUCGUUUGAAAGGCAAAUUUCCAGAAGGAGAGAUGCAGGUAAUGGCUUACCUAGCAAAGGAGUGCUUGCUGUUGGACCCUGAUGCUCGGCCGACAAUGGGUGAGGUUGUUCAAACACUCUCGACUAUUGCUCCAGAUAAAUCUAAAAGAAGAAAUAUUCGUGUAAACUUUCUCCAGAUGUCAUCCUCCCUUAAGAAUGAAGCUCCUGCAGAAAGACAUCAAAGGGUAAUUGAGGCUUUAUAUGAUACAGAGGAGCACAUGCCAACUACACCUACUAAGUCAACCAAGAGCACACUGCCAUCACAUAUAGACGGUAUUGGACUUGUCGAAAGACGAAGAGAUGCCGUUUCUGAGUGCAUGGAGAGACUGGUUCUUUUGAGUUCCAACGCUAGGAGUUUGUGUGUCCCUGAUGAUGAAGCAGUGGACUUAACUGAACCUCGACUCGAGUCAUUCCACAUGGCAAAUGUUAGGUCCCCCAGAGAAGAACUAUCCCACAGACAGGAUUAACAUACAUUGCCCACAAGCUCCUCCUUUCCUUUCUGCCUUGUACUCUUAAAAGGGCACCGCAGAGGAAGAGAGGAGGGUUUUCAAGAAAUUAUUUAUUUCAUAUUGUAUUGUUUGUUGAGUUUAUUUAGAAGAAUGGGACAAAGACGAGUUGUAUCACAUUUCACUCGUUUGUACAG